AUGCUUCUAUCCUACUUCGACGUGCAAUGCACCGCAGCCUCCGUCCCGCCAAUCCUAGAUAUCAAAACCUGCGUUUACAUGAAACCCGCAAUGCAAAAAAUGGAUGACCCAAUCCUGCGCAUUAACCCAUACGACAUGAGCCGCAAAUGCGACGGGGACAUCUCCAUCCUCCAAUACCUCGACGACCCCGCCAUCCGCACCCUCCUCGGUGUCGAUCCCUCCCUAACUGCCAAUUUCACGUCGUGCAACCACGAUGAUGCUCUCCACCCCACCAAGGACUACGUCUCCGCCCUUCUCGAACGCGGCAUAAGGGUGCUCAUACACGUGGGUGCGUAUGAUUGGAUAUGUAAUUGGGUUGGGAACGAGCGGUGGACGAUCGCGUUGGGGCAGAGUGGGCAGAGGGAGUUUGCGAGGGAGGAAUUGAGGGAGUGGUAUGUCGAUGAGAAACCUGCUGGGAAGAUCCGGAGCACGAAAUGGUUGACAUUUGCUACUGUCCCUGACGAUAAGCCGAAAGAAUCUUUGGCCAUGGUUCAGCGGUGGCUUCGCAGGGACGAUUUCUGGAUCUAUUCUUUGUCUUUACUCUGA